GUGGAGGAAAAAGCCAAGAAAGAGAGAGAGAGAGAAAACCAGAGCGAGCAGCUCCACAGCGCGGAGCCCUGUCUGCUCGUCCCAUCAGCCGCACUCAUCCCGAGCCCUGCACGCCCUCCCGGCGCUAAUGGAGAUCCGGCGGAGCGGAGAGGAGUAGAUGCCGGAGGAGACCCGCGCCAUGGCGAGCUCCAGCCCAGCGCAGCGCGGCGGCUUAGCCCGGGUGGCCGUGCUCGGGCUCUGCUUAGCGGCGCUGCACGGAGCCUCAGCCCUCCCUCUGUGGAAAACCGAGGAAGAAGCUCACAUUUCUGGUGUUUUGAUCAUUGGGAUUCGUAAAGAUGCCCACUCCCACGUGCUUCACCUUUCCAGGAACAAACGCUACACCCUGACCCCGGAGAAGCUGAAGUGGGACAAAUUCAAGCUAACCUACAAACUGCUGUCAUUUCCAAGGAACCUGAUGAAUGCCAGCGACACGCGCAGAGGCAUCGCCAAAGCUUUCUCUAUGUGGAGCGACGUGUCGCCUUUCAGCUUCAGAGAGGUGCCUGCUGAUCAGGAGGCUGACAUUAAAAUCGGCUUCUACCCUGUAAACCAUACGGACUGUCUGCAGUCCUACCUGCAUCACUGUUUCGACGGCAUCACCGGCGAGCUGGCCCACGCCUUCUUCCCCCCGACCGGAGAGAUCCACUUUGACGAUGAUGAAUACUGGAUUCUGGGGAACAUGCGCUUCAGCUGGAAGAAAGGGGUUUGGUUGACUGACCUGGUGCAUGUAGCAGCUCAUGAAAUCGGUCAUGUGUUGGGACUGAUGCACUCCCAGAACCCGCAAGCCAUAAUGCAUCUUAACGCCACACUGACGGGACGCAAACUCAUUACGCAGGACGACGUCUGGGGCGUUCAUCGACUCUACGGAUGUUUGGAUAGAUUAUUUAUCUGUCCCGCCUGGGCCAGGAAAGGCUACUGCGAAAGCAAAAGAAAGCUCAUGCAGAAGCAUUGCCCUCACAGCUGUGACUUCUGUUAUGCAUUUCCUUUUCCCACCGUCGCCCCAACUGCAGCACCGCCACGGACCAAACACAAGCUUGUUGCUGAGGGGAAGAAACUCACCUUCCGCUGUGGAAAGAAAAUUGCUGCGAAGCAAGGCAAAGUGUACUGGUACAAAGAUGGCGAGUUGCUGGAAUACUCUCACCCUGGCUACAUCUCCCUGAAGAACGACCACAUCAGCAUUGUGGCGAAUGCAAUCAAUGAGGGUACAUACACCUGCAUCGUGAGGAAGAAGAACAAGGUCUUAACAAACUAUUCGUGGAAGGUUCGAGUGCGCUUCUGAGGGCUGGAAUGGACUUAAUAACUUUAACCUUCAAUACAAAGAAGCACAGGGUAACACCAGUAACUGGUUCUGUCCCAAAGCAGUUCAGUUUCCUCCUGAUCUAAUGAGCUCUGCCAUGCUGUGAUCAAGUGCCUGCACUGCAGAAAAGAAGGAGGUGGAACGAUGCGAUGAGAUGCACCAAAGUCUUAAAAAAAUCAUCACAGCACCACAUGAAACCUCACUCACUUGGGCACAUAUUCCACUAGAUUUAUACCCCAAAUUACCUACCAAAUGGUUUGAUGUCAGGGUUAUUCUGUUUGUAUUUUUAUAUGGUGCUUUUUUUUCUUUAGGUGGCAAAUAAAAACUUAUUCUGUGACA